AUGUUGAAGGGAUCCAAGUUCUUCGCUCUGUCGCUCGCUCUCUUGCCUGCCCUCGUACAGGCUCAGCGACCCCUCUACGCCCAAUGUGGUGGUACUGGAUGGACUGGCGAAACCACCUGUGUCUCUGGCGCCGUCUGUGAAGUGAUCAACCAGUGGUACCACCAGUGCUUGCCUGGAUCCAACCAGCCUCAACCCCCUGUCACGACCCAACCCCCCGUCGUUGUCCCCACCACCUCGCAACCCCCUGUUGUCGUUCCCACCAACCCUCCCGGUGGCACUCCCGUCCCCAGCACUGGCAACCCCUUCGAGGGUUACGAUAUCUAUCUCAGCCCUUACUAUGCUGAGGAAGUCGAAGCCGCAGCUGCUAUGAUUGAUGACCCCGUUCUCAAGGCCAAGGCUUUGAAGGUCAAGGAAAUCCCCACCUUCAUCUGGUUCGACGUCGUCCGCAAGACCCCCGACCUCGGCAGGUACCUCGCCGAUGCCACCGCCAUCCAGCAACGAACUGGCCGCAAGCAGCUCGUUCAGAUCGUCGUUUAUGACUUGCCUGACCGUGACUGCGCUGCCGCAGCCUCCAACGGAGAGUUCUCUCUCGCUGACGGCGGUAUGGAGAAGUACAAGGACUACGUCGACCGUCUCGCUUCUGAGAUCAGGAAGUAUCCUGAUGUCCGCAUCGUUGCUGUCAUUGAGCCCGACUCGCUGGCCAACAUGGUCACCAACAUGAACGUUGCCAAGUGCCGCGGUGCUGAGGCUGCCUACAAGGAGGGUGUCAUCUACGCUCUCCGCCAACUCAGCGCUCUCGGUGUCUACUCUUACGUUGAUGCCGGCCACGCUGGAUGGCUCGGAUGGAAUGCCAACCUUGCUCCUUCCGCUCGUCUCUUCGCCCAAAUCUACAAGGAUGCCGGCAGGUCUGCCUUCAUCCGUGGUCUUGCCACCAACGUCUCCAACUACAACGCCCUCAGUGCAACCACCCGUGAUCCCGUCACCCAGGGCAAUGACAACUACGAUGAGCUCCGCUUCAUCAACGCUCUUGCUCCUCUCCUCCGAAAUGAAGGCUGGGACGCCAAGUUCAUCGUCGACCAGGGUCGUUCUGGUGUCCAGAACAUCCGACAGGAGUGGGGCAACUGGUGCAACGUCUACGGUGCUGGCUUCGGCAUGAGGCCCACUUUGAACACCCCCUCGUCCGCCAUCGAUGCCAUCGUCUGGAUCAAGCCCGGUGGAGAGGCCGACGGUACCUCUGACACCUCUGCUCCUCGAUAUGACACCCACUGCGGCAAGUCUGACUCGCACAAGCCCGCUCCUGAGGCCGGUACCUGGUUCCAGGAAUACUUCGUCAACCUUGUCAAGAAUGCCAACCCCCCUCUCUAA